UCCUCCUCCAAAAAGUCCAAGCAACACAAUGUAACCAUCCUGCAGUGGCACUGGCCCUAUGACAAGGUUUUGAAUUUCACCCAGGACAUCUGCUGGAAAGGCUUUGGCAUCCCAAACUGCAGGGUUGUGACACAGAGGUCCUUGUUUUCAGAGGCGGACGUGGUGGUGUUCUUUAACCGAGAGCUUAGCAUUAACAAGGAGAAACUGCCCCUAGAGCUUCCCAGACCGCCAGGCCAGAGGUGGGCUUGGAUGACCAUUGAGGCGUCUGUGCGCAACGGAGACCGGAGACGAUUUGCAGGUUUGUUCAACCUCACUGUGCACUUCAGGAGGGACGCAGAUGUUAGCAUACCAUACGGUGGACUUCUACCACAGGACUCUAAAACUCCAAUGGAAAACAUCCAAUGGAAAAAAACAGAUCUGGUCUGCUGGGUGGUCAGCAACUACCAAGAGUCGUACAAAAGAAGCCAAGUGUACAAAGAACUCAGCGCUGUCGUCCCCGUGAAGGUCUACGGACGGUGGGCAAAUGUUCCUCUUGCGCCCAAAGACCUUCUUCCCACCCUAUCUCGCUGCUAUUUCUAUUUAGCCUUCGAGAACACCAUCGCCAAAGAUUACAUCUCCGAGAAGCUGUGGAGGAAUUCUUACCAAUCUGGGGCGGUUCCGGUCGUCCUGGGAGCAUCUGUGCAAGAUUACGAGGCUGUGGCGCCGCCUCACUCGUUCAUCCACGUUGACCAGUUUGCGUCGGUGAAAGAGCUUGGCAAGUAUCUGCAGCAGCUGGCGGGCGACGUCAAGCACUAUCGCGAGUAUCUGCAAUGGAGGAGAGAGUGGAAGGUGGAAUUGCACAACAACUUGAAGUGGAGAUUGUGUCAGAUCUGUUUGCGGUAUCCCAGCUUCCCUCCGCACAAGGUCUACGAUGACCUGGAGGCCUGGGAUAACGUUGUGUAGGAGGGAGGGAGAGAGAGAGAGAGACGUAUGCUGCAAUGUUUAGUCAGUCAGAUUAUACCUCCUUUAAAUACAACAACUUUUCAUUUGUGGAAUUAGAACAAGUGUGUCUGUUUUCUGCUGUAAAUUGUGAACUUGUAUUUAGGUUCCGUGUUUUGGUUUGUUAACUGUGAAAAAUUAGAACACAACACACAUAUGUAUAUCAUAACAUCAUAUAUAUAACAACACAUGGAUCUCACUCUAAAUAAGCAAAAAAAAAAAAACCAAGAUGACAGGUAAUGAAAUAUACAAUAUUACUGGGUCAAAAAAAAAAUAGACAUCACAAUCAAAGCUAAAGACACCACUGAUACAGCUUUCAAAACUCUGAUACCAAUGAUAAUGAUGUAUUUUUCUUUAUGGCAUUGAUGCACAUGUGAAUGUUUGAUGUGUUUGAUUCUUGAUAUUAUGUGACAUGCAUAAAAUAUAUUAGAGUUAAGUCAUCUGAUGCAAAUGCAAUGGACAAGAAGUACAAGAAUGGAAUUAUAAUGAGUAAAGACCGUAGAGACCACUGGCCCUGCGAUGAUCUGGCGACUUGUCCAAGGUGUACGCCGCCUUCCGCCUGAAUACAGCUGAGAUAGGAUCCAGCACCCCCCGAGACCCCAGAGGGACAAGCGGUAGAAAAUGGAUGCAUGGAUGGAUAUUUUAUCACUUCAAGCCCCUUGAACACCUUUGUUUACUUGAUUUCUCUCUGAGCCAUGAAUCUACUGUGAAUAUUCUGUCCUUCCCUUUAACAAAGACUCAUCGGCUAAUGUAGGCUGUGGACGGGUAUGGAAGCUCAUAAUUUGUCAACUGAGAUGUCCAUGCACCUUGGAAUAAGACUGGUGUUUCUGAGUGAU